AUGUCACCAUUGACGCGUAGACCGACUUGGCUUGGCGUCUCUUUCCUAGCGCGUCUCCUUAUCGAUAACAACCUCCCGCUCCUGCCCUGCGACUUUGCGGCGUCCGACCUGACUUCGAAAACACAAUUAAAAACAACAUCACAAAGGGAGUGCUGGGUUGGCGACUAUAGUGCCGGAGGUACCGUGUACACUAUGGUGGGACAGCAUAAGGAUUCUGCUCCACCCACCCCGGAUGCGACCAUAUCAGCAAGACAUUCCUCCGUUGAUCACGUCCGCAAUUUGCGUCACCAAAACGGUACGCCGGUACAGACCUCGCCACACGUAGAUUCUCCCGAAGAUCCUGAUGCCACAACUGCUCGCAUCAACACCGAAAUCACAUCACUCCUCCGACGACAGAAAACCCCCCACAGCCGUUACCCGCCCUUCCACAGCGGCAAUGGUACAUAUACACACGUCCUCAGACCAUCCAAAGUGAAGAAGACGCUGGCGGAACAGAAGGAAGAUCCGAGCACGCUACAAGUACUCCCGCUAGCGCCCAGUGCUCGUUCAGAUCGAUCCGCGAGGAGUCGGGUAUCUGCUCUCCCGGACGAAGUAACAGCUGCGUUUGAGAUCUUGAGAAAAGCGCUUGCAGACAAAGAGAAGAUUAAGUCUGACACUCUGUCACCCUUUGAUCGCUUUCAGGCGCUUCCUCUUCCAAAUCAAGGCGUAAGAUUCUCAGACCAUGGUGGCAGUGAUGACACGACGAUGAACGGAAUAUCCAGUGAUGGAGAGCGGAGGAACGGCUGGAUUUCGUUGCCAUCCUCGCGCAAGAACAGUGUUGCAGACUCUCUAUCAUCGGGCAUCACACCGCAUUGGACGGCUCCCGCUCAGGGUGGAAGCGCCCAAGCAGCGCAGUCUCCGGCGUACAUGCUGAAUGUUCCUAGAAGCAAUGUUGGGCAAAAUGCACCGCCUUCGAACGGUAUCACUAGCCUUGCAGAAGGUCGAACUACAACCGGUGAGCACAACAUUCCCAGCGGACCGAACAACAAUGCUCGAGGAAGUGAUGUCGCCUACAAUCCGUACCGCGAUCCGCGCAGAAGAGGCCGUUGA